AUAUAUAUAUGCAAGUGCAUUUAAGCUACGUUAAGCUACGUAUGAUUGCUCUUUUAUAAUAUAAUCUCAUCUUGAAAUUCUACAAUAAAUCAAAAAUGAAUACCAAUAAUCGAUAUAACAAUAUCAACAAUAUCAAUAUCAAUCAAUAAUCGAUAUAUCAAAUUAGAUGAACGCGUAAAUUCCAAGCAUAUUCUAAAUUCCAUUCCAUCCAGUCGUGCACAAUUGCUGGUGUUGCAAGUUAAAUCUAAAAUGUUGGACUAAAUUACUUUUAGUGAUCCUCUAUAACGUCUUAAUUUAAUUGAAACCUGUAAUCGGUCUCAUUUAACGUUAGAAAAAGUAGAUCUAGAGAAUGGCACAUAAUUUAGAAUCAGUUAUAUGCUUGAAUUGUGCUCUAAAACCAUAUUUAUCGACUGCUACAGUUUAUGGAUGGUCAUUUUUUCUUCCUUGUACCUUUCAAAUAAAGAAGACAAUCUUAGCAUAUCGAAUAAUUGAUGAAUUUCUUUUAAUCUUUAUCGAGUUAAUUUAUUGGGAGCAUUUUAUUUUGACAUUUUUAUUGACAAUUCCUUACGUUUCCGAGAAAAUUCCUUGUAUCUCUUGGUAUUCGGUUGUCAAUAAUAAUAUAUUCGUAAAAGUUUCAGUUGCUAUGUUUGCAUUUGUAUUAGCUCUUUGUUUCAGUAUUUUUAAAAGAACAAAACUCAAUCCAACAUUAAAAAUUCGAAUGCCAAAGUUUUUUCUAGAUAAAAAAUUGUAUGAAAAGUUUGACCGGGCUGAAAAAAUUGUCUUGUUUAUUAUUAUAUUUUUGACAAUAGCGAUGCAACUGGCAAAUAUUUUGUUAUUUUAUCCGGCAUUAGAGAAAGGAAAACAAUUCUCCAACGAAGCCUUUUAUUGUUGCAUAGAAGUAGGUAUUUGGAUCUGUGUCAUAAUUGGAGGAAUUGUUCAUUUGGUUUACGUAAUUAUUUUGCUUGUUAUUACUUUCAUGAAAUCGUUUCAAAAACUGUCAGAAAAUUUAUAUUUGUUAAAAGAGAACGAUCGGAAUUUGUACUCGGAAUUAGAAAAAAUUAUGGCACAACAUGCCGAAUUAUGGGAUUUUAUUAGUACUGAAUUUAACAACCGCUUCGUUUAUCCGUUAACAGUUCUAUAUAGUUGCUUGAUCACUGAAACAAGCUUAGUUUAUUAUAUUACUGCUUCUGUGGAUACAAAUAUUUUAUUGAGAACUAUACUUUGUAUCAUUAGUUGUUUAGUGACUUAUGUCUGUGUUUUGAUCGGAUUCUUCUAUUCUAUCUUUACAUCAGCUAUGCAGACAUCUUUUCAAGACAUUCGAAGAUUUGCAGAUUGUAAUUUAACACUAGAGCAGAAAUUAAAUGUAUUAAAUUUCAUGAAGAAAUUUGGAAAGGCAUCUUUAUGUCUAUCUGUGAAUGGUUAUUUCAAUAUUACUAAGAAAUUUCCCGUUAAGAUGGCCAGUGCAUUAAAUUCGGUCUAUUCUGGAAUUGAAAGAUUAAGUGAAGUCUCCAAAGAAAAAAUUUCAUGUCAUUAUUAACUCGGUUGCCAGAUGACCCUGUUUUCUGGGAUUGUCCUGGAUUUUUUCCCACUUUAGCCAAUCGAUAGGACGAUUUUAUUUUAAAAACUGUUCCUACAAUGAAGUAUCUUUUUUCGCACAUUUUAAGUGUAUUUCUUUCACUGGCAGCUGGUACAGUAAAAAUACACAUGUGUUACAUGUCCUAGAAUUGAAGCCUCUCAGUACCUUUCGGGAAGAACUCAUUUUGUCCCAGAUUUUAUCCCAAGUACCUGUCAACCCUGUUAUUAGAGAGGUUGCGGCCGGCAUUUUCAACGCGGAAACGUGUACGUCAGAGGUUCAGCGCCGCUUUCCUGUGAGCCUAGAAGUUUGACAAUGGCGUUUAGAACGUCGAACACGAUUCUACU